UGUCGCUUACAAAUAUAAUAUGUAAAUAGAUUUUAUCUUUUCUCAUUGUUACGUAAUAUUACAUAUUAACAAUUUGAAGGAGAAACGUUUCCUGUGAAAGGGAGGAGAGGGGAAAAGUAGGGUACAAAGUAGAGAUAUAAAAAAAGUAAGAUAAAAGAUAAAAUAUGCUAUUAGGUGGAGUAAUAAAAAAAGACAAAAUGAGAAAAAAAAGGAAAAGAAGUAACAACACGAUCACAUCAAAUCAGUCAUUACAUAAAAUAAGAUUUUUUAUUAUUAUAUAACAUGAAUUUAAUGGUGUGAUACAAUAAACAUUAAAUAACAAUCAAAACAAACAUUAUAUUUCUACUAAUAACACAGUACUGACAUAACCUCUCACAACGACCUUACCAGAACCGAUCAACCAUGCACACAUGUAUGUAAUAAGGACCACACUAAUUCUUACCGGAACCUAUCAACCAAAUGUAUAAUAAAGACCGCACUAAUUCUACAAACCAUAGCUUCUUAAUAUAUGCAUGAAAAAUGUUUUCCUAUUAACUAUUAUGUCCCCUACUUUAUUCACUUUUUCCAAAAUUUACACCUUGAACCUAAUAUAAAUGUACGCAUCUAAGAUUAGACCCAUCAUAGAUAAUAUGAAAACGCAAGUACCAGAACAUGUUGAGCCAAAGACUCAAAAAAAGAGCAGUAUGGCUGAUCAUUUGGAGCCAUGGCUGAAAUUGGAAGACAAACUGGUGUUUGUAACCGAUGCAUCAGCGGGGCUUGGCCGCGAAUUCUGCCUUGACCUAGCUAAGGCUGGCUGUAGAGUAGUGGCAGCAGCUCGGCGGAUGGACCUGUUGAAGUCCCUUUGUGAUGAAAUUAAUAUAAUGGGUAGUUCAAACUUUCAUUUUGUUAGAGCUAUGGCUAUUGACCUUGAUGUUACUGCUGAUGGUACAACUGUUGAAGCAUCAGUAAAGAAAGCUUGGGAUGCUUUUAGCCACAUUGAUGCUCUUAUUAAUAAUGCUGGUGUUAGAGGUGGAACAAAAUCAGCGGUGGAUAUUUCUGAGGAAGAGUGGCAAAACACUUUAAGGACAAAUUUGACAGGAUCUUGGUUGGUUUCUAAGUAUGUUGUAAGACACAUGCAAGCUGCAAAAAGGGGAGGUUCCAUUAUAAAUAUUUCAUCAAUUUCUGGUUUAAAUAGAGCUUUAAUGCGUGGAUGUAUUGCUUACAGUUCCUCCAAGGCUGCCAUGGAUUCUAUGACAAAGCUAAUGGCAUUAGAAUUGGGAGAAGACAACAUUAGAGUGAAUGCAAUAGCUCCAGGACUUUUCAAAUCAGAGAUCACUCAGGAAUUAAUGCAAAAAGAUUGGCUAAAAUAUAUAGCAACAAGAACUGUUCCACUGAAAACUUUUGGUACAACUGAUCCAGCAUUAACUUCACUAGUGAGAUAUUUGAUUCAUGACUCUUCCAAUUAUGUAUCUGGCAAUAUAUUUAUUGCUGAUGCUGGUUACACUCUACCUGGCUUCCCUAUCUUUUCUUCUCUGUAAGUUGUCGUUUGAUGAGUAGUAGUACAGUCAUAUCUCUUUAUAACAAUUAUUAUUUGUAAUGAUAAUUUGCUAUAACAAUCAAGUUUUCUUCGA